CUCUCUCUCUCUCUCUCUAAACAACAUCCCGCUUUGGACCCUUGAAAUUCCCCCCUUGUUUCUCUCUCCAAAAUCAAAUACUACACUACUCUCACUCACUUCUUUCUCUCUCUAGAAAUGGCGGACUUUCCUCCAAAUUUGGACGAUGGAGAGCUAUGGCUUCCUUCUGAUAUCUUCCCUCUCGAGGAAAUCCCUUCCAAAUUUACCAGACCAUACUACCCCUCCGACCUCGCUCGUCGCUUCGCUGCCUUGGCCUUCCUUGAUCGUCACCGAAACCAAACCCAGCGGUUCGGACCGGUUCGGUACGAUUCGAUGGGUUCUUUGCCGACCGGGUAUCUUACCAUCGAUGGAGGUUUUGGGGUUGGUAAUGGACUUGGUUUUCAUGGGUUGAACCUGUGGGUGGGUUCUAGACCCGUUUAUUACCCACAUCAGAUUAUAAACCUUGUACAACCUCAGGUUGAGAGCUUUAUGGAAACAAGGGCUAGGGUUUUGCAGAGAGAACAGAAGCGGCUUUUGCAGAACCGGGUGUUGGAAAACCGGCAGAGAACCGUGCUUGGCAUGCGCGGCGGCGGCGGUUUUGUGAGAGAGUACGGCGGAACUGGUGUGUUUCUUCCACGCGCUGCCGUCUCCGCCACUGCCACCAAUAGGAAUAUAAGGAAAAUCGAAAAAAUCGAUUAAACCGAUCGAAUCGGUCAUAUUUGGUCGAUUUUUUAAUCUGAAUCGGUCUGAUUGAUUUUGAAAAUUAAUUUUUUUCAAUUUUCGAUUCGGUGCCGGUUUUGAUACACUAUACACCGAUUUGCACCGAAACCGACCGAAUAUAUUUACAUAUAAUAUAUAUUAAAUAUAUAAUGAAUAUUUUUACUCUAUUUGAUAGACUUGUGGUUUAGACUUAUGGGAUGAUUGUUUUAAGUUUUGGGUUUGUUUUGAU